CGCAGUAAUUCCUCUGCGCGGUGGCUCGUUAUAUAGACAGACGAUUGGAUCCAUUGGAUCCUAUAGGAAAUAUGAACUGUAGAAAUCGAUAGCCUGCGAGAAAAUAAAGGGUCAAGGUCUCAUAGUGGGUGAACACAAGAAAGGAAACGCCAUUGAUGUCAAUUGGAAACUGCAUCAUCUUUUGUUAAGGUUUCGUGUGCGGUAUGGAAUCAGCAGUAUUAAAGAGGAAGUCAAUUCAGUUUGGGCUUCAGAUUUCAGCUUGCCUAUGUCUGAUGCACGUGGCGCUCGGACAGAAGUGGCCUGAGAACGACCAGGGACCAUGUGGGAAGACCGUAUGCACAAGUGAAGAGGUGUGUGAGCUAGACGAAGGCGGGGGCACGUGCUACAACUCGUCACUGCGCACUGACUGCUCGGAUGGUUUGUCGUACUGUUACCGGCCCACGGUGUGCUGUGGUGUGCGCACGUGUUGUCCAGCCUUCUCAAAAUGCUGCGGCCUGAGCACGUGCUGUCACGAGGACGCCGUGUGCUGUCAGCCUAACACGUGCUGUGAGCCUGGAAGCAUCUGCUGCCUCUUCUCGUGCUGCUCUGCCGGUUCGGUGUGUGACGGCUCCAUUUGCAGGAGGGCAAGCGUGUACAACACGGGCUUUCGUUGGUACUACCUUGUGUGUGUGGUAAUCCCGCUAAUCGUAAUCUGUAUAGUCAUCGCCCGCCGACGCCGACGGGAUGCCAAACUCAGAGCCGAAGGUUUAAGCCAGUCUAGCGGAACAUAUGACGUCAUUCUCUCAAACCAAACAAACAGCACAAACCCGGUCACGGCGGGCUACGACCAGCCCCCGCCGUACCAGUACCCACCGCAAGGUAUCCCCUUGUCCCCAGACAGCAGCGCCAGGGUGACAUUGUGCGACCCGCGGACCCACACCGGUAACGAACAUAUUCUCACCACCUCACAGUCUUACCACGAGGUUUUGAAUCCGCAAGCUUGAACACAGUACAUGUGACAAUAUAUGUGAUCAAUGCAGCAACUAAUAGAAUAAUAAUCAUUAUGAAGUUCCAGUAUUCAUCAAACCUCUUCACGCGUCGACACAGAAGAUAUACUUGCAACAUGAGUCAUGAUUGAUGUAUGAGACAAUUGUGAGGUCACUCUACAGGGAUGUAUAAGAGACUACGAUCCACUGGAGGAAAUAAUAGAACUUAUACAGAGAAUUGUGAAGCAGUGUGGAACAUCCCGUGUUGACCUUCUUUGGCAUCAAUACCAAAUAGAUUUUAAUAAGAUAUAUUAUUAAAUGCUCAAACAAAGUAUUUAAUCCAUAUCAUAUUUGAAUCAUACCUUAAGAGCAAGAGAAAUCUACUUCAUUAUGCAUAGAACAAGGAGUGAUGUACGUAAACGAUGUGCCAUAUAUUUCUAAGAACUAGUUUGCUCUGACCUUAUGUAUAAGGAUGAAACACAUUUGAACGUCUUUGGUAGCGUGUUAGGCGUCUCGCUAUAUGUGACCUUAUCGGAGUACUAUUCGGAACGUCGGACGGCCAGAUUGGACUAUAUACUUGACCUUCGGCCUGAUCGUCUUAAAAGUGUGCACUUUGACCUCAAAAAGUGUACCAUCUUUUAUCUUAUGUAAGGUCACUUAUCAAAUACGUAUAUUAAACAUUAAAUUGAAUGGUCUCCCUCAAUCACAUCAGUGUCGAUUAUGUCGGUUAUGAUUAUUGAUGACUUACAGUUUGACGGAAUUGAAGAGUUUCUGUUUUAUUAACUUUUGAGGAACAAUAUUUUAGGGAGCAAAACAUACAUCCAUAGCGACGUGUUUUUGGGGAAAAAGGAAUAUUACUAUGUUUUUGUGUCAAAAUGCCCCAAACUACAUAAUCAACAAUGUCUUGUGAAUUCUUGAUGAUAUCAUAUAUAAAGAUAAUCUUUAUAAAUGAGAAAGCCAUACAAUAAAAUAAUGAUAAGUAGUAGAUCAAAUGAAUUGCCUGUUUACAAAAAUGCAAAUAUCUUUCUAAAAAUAGCUGCAAUCACCACAAAGCCUCAAUCCCGAUUGUUGGUUAGGUAUAGUACUGACUAUUUCGACACAAAACAUAUUCAUUUUGUAUAAAGUCUUUUCCUGAAAAAUGCAACUGCUUUUUUAUUAGAAAUCUGAUUAAAUUUUCUUUCGUAAAUUUGCUCAACUCCUGGUUACAGCUACACAUUUUGCAACGGCUAUAUGAAUUAUUUUUAAACAUUGGAUGUUCUGGUCCUUCAAACGACUUUUGCAGUGUGGAAGGCCCUGAAUGGCAACCUUGGAUUUAGGCUGUUUAAUGAUCAAGUUAACAAAAUGAAUGCAUAAUGAAACUUAGUUGUAAAUUUUGGUGGAGUUUGGACACUUUUGAUAUCACUUGCAGGAUGCGCCCAUUUACCGGUAAAGUUGCUACGUGUAAUAACCUCUCUUAUUAUUAUGCACCAAAUAAAUGUCUCUUUAUAAGUCAACAUACCGACAUGCUUUCUUUGCGGUAAAAGAAGCAUUCCAUGUAAAAUAAAAUCGUAAGCUUUAACUUGCAAACAAGGAUUUUGUUUGAGUUAAAAUAUUAAAAGUGAAAGACAUGUCGGAAUGCAACGCCCGCCUUGUUUAUUCAUGAAUGAUGACGGAUCCUUAAAUCACCCAUAGCUUUCUCUUUUUAUUGCUUUCAGUUUUAACUUCAGUUUCACCAUCUAGUCAAUUUUGAAGAUCAACACUAAUCAGGAUUGCAGUUAUACCACUCAAAAUUUGAUAAUGAUCACUUGAUUAGUUAUUUGUAAAAACUUAA